ACUGUGAGCAGCAGCCACACAAGUUUGCAUUUUACAUGGACUGAGAGCAGCAGCCAUACCUGUCUCUCUGCCUAUAAAGCUAGCUAGCUAGAUUACACUUCAUUCACACAUUAAUUCCUCACUUUGAAAUUAUAUCCAAAACAUUUUCCAAAGGUGGUUGAGCUCAUCAUCAUCUCAUUCUCACCAUGUUUGGGUGCAGGUUCAGUCUGUUUUGUGUGGUGGCCAUUCUAUUCAUCUGUUUCUUUGUUCAAAGUUCGCAUACAAAUAAGUGCAAGGAGACAGAGAGGCAAUCUCUUCUGAGGUUCAAAGGUGGUGCCACUAAUGUAAGGAAACUUCUUUCCUCAUGGAAAGGUGAAGAUUGUUGCAAGUGGAAAGGAAUUUCAUGUGACAAUUUAACUGGCCAUGUAACCAGUUUGGAUCUCGAUUUUCAAUUCAUGGGCGGUAAGUUAGAUUCUUCAAUAUGUGAACUGAAACAUCUAACUUCCUUAGAUCUCGGUUUUAAUAGCUUAGCAGGAAAGAUCCCAAAGUGCAUUGGUAACCUUUCCAAUUUGCAAACUCUAGUCCUUGGAGAAAAUUAUUUGGUUGCUGAUGAUCUUGAUUGGGUUUCUCACCUUUCUAGUUUGAGUUUCCUUGGUAUGUCAUCUGUGAAUCUUAGUCAAGCUGUUGAUUGGCUAUCAUCAAUAAGCAAAGUCCCUUCUCUAUCAAUACUUUCAUUAUCUGACUGCCAGCUCCCUCCAAUCAAUCCUGAAUCUACCCUCCAUUUGAAUUCUUCCACCUCUCUCGAGGUGCUCUACCUUUCAGAAAAUUAUUUAAACUCUUUAACUCUGGCAUCAGUGCUUAAUGUUAGCAGAUUCCUCACAGCUCUUUAUCUCCCUUAUAAUGAAAUUGAGGGUAGCUUACCAGAAUCCUUUCUGAGUUUGUGUCAACUUAAAUAUUUAGAUUUGCGGUCCAACAAAUUAUCUGGCCAACUCAGUAACAACUUGAAUCAAUUACGUUGUUCACAAAAUGGUCACUUGCCUUAUCUUUAUCAUUUGGAUCUCAGUAUUAACAAAUUGAGCGGUUCAUUGUCAUCAUUUGAUGUUACUGAACUUGCCUCAUUAGAAUAUUUGGAUCUCUCGAGAAAUCAACUGAGCGGUUCACUACCACAUGGUAUUGGCCAACUCUCGAAUCUCACGAGCUUAAGUAUCUAUUCAAAUAAGUUGAGCGGUGUCAUCAGUGAAACACAUCUAUCAAAUCUAUAUGGAUUGACAGAGCUGCUGGUGUUUCAAAAUUCACUUUCAUUCAACUUGAGUUCAAAAUGGAUUCCGCCUUUCCAACUAGAGAGAUUCUUUGCAUCAUCAUGCAAUUUGGGUCCUACAUUCCCAACAUGGCUCAAACAUCAAAAAAGACUUUAUGAGUUGGACAUCUCUAAUAGUGGUAUUUCAGAUUCAAUUCCUGAAUGGUUCUGGGACAUGUUUCAAAGUCCAUAUGCUGUGGAUGUUUCGCAUAACCAACUUAGUGGACCUUUGCCACAAAAUUUGACAAGAAUAUUGUCAAGGCUGGAUACAUUUGAUUUUAGUUUCAACAACUUCUCCGGUCCACUGCCUUAUUUUCCACAAAUAAGUGGUAUAUUUCUCUCAAAUAAUAGGUUCAAUGGGUCUCUAUCUUCUUUUUGUGCAUCUCCACCACAAGAAUUACAUUAUCUUGAUCUGUCUAGUAACUUACUAGAAGGCUCACUUUUGGAUUGUUGGGGGAAGUUCAAAAAUUUAGUAUAUCUCAAUUUGGCUGAAAAUAAAUUAACCGGAAGAAUACCCAAGUAUUUUGGCACUCUAGAACAAAUGGUGUCAAUGCAUUUAAAUAACAAUAACUUCUACGGUGAAAUUCCAUCCUUGACCCUUUGUACAAGCUUGAUUCUCUUGGAUUUAGGGCAUAACAAUCUCCAAGGAACAUUACCAGCAUGGGUAGGCCAUCACCUGCCUCAGUUGAUUGUUUUGAGUCUUCGGGAAAAUAAGUUCCAAGGAAAAAUACCUGAAAGUCUGUGUGAUCUAUCAUUUCUUCAAGUUUUAGAUCUUUCUUGGAAUAAUAUUUCAGGGGAAAUACCACAAUGCCUCAAUCACAUAAUUGCUUUGUCAAAUAUUACAUUUCCAAGAAAGUCCAUUUCCUAUGGCCGAUAUUAUGAUCAUCUUAAUAUUAAAGUUCAUAUUGGCUCAUUUGAUGAUAAAGCAAUCUUGUCAUGGAAAGGGGCAAAAAGAGAGUAUGGAAAAAAUGUUGGGCUCGUGACUACCAUUGAUUUUUCUUGCAACCACUUGACAGGUGAGAUACCACAAAGUAUAACAAAACUUGUGGCAUUAGCUAGCUUAAAUCUUUCAAGUAAUGAUCUCACGGGAUCCAUUCCCAACAACAUUGGUCAAAUGGAAAGAUUGGAGUCACUUGACUUAUCAAGAAACCAUCUCGGUGGUAGAAUGCCUACAAGUUUUUCGAAUUUGAGCUUUCUAAGCUACAUGAACUUAUCCUUCAACAACUUAUAUGGGGAAAUUCCAAUAGGCACUCAACUGCAAUCUUUUAAUGCCUCUUCAUAUAUUGGGAACAAGGGGCUUUGUGGCCCACCACUCUCAAACAGUUGCUCAGGGGAUGUUAUAUCACCGAGUGUAAGCUCUGAUGAAGAUAAGAUCAUAACUUUUGGGUUUUACAUCGCCCUGGUGCUUGGGUUUUUCGUUGGAUUUUGGGGAGUUUGUGGAACUUUAGUCAUAAAAGCUUCUUGGAGACAUGCCUAUUUCCAAUUCUUCAAUGACAUGAAUGACUGGAUGCACGUGACAAUAAUGGUUUUUUCAAGAAGAAUGAAAAGAAGAUUUCGAGUCCAAGCCUAACAGGUCACGCUUCAUGUGUUCCUUGAUAUGAUAGAGACAUCGUUCUUGUGCGGGUGGUCUUCUGCUUUGCCUUCUUUUCUCUAAAACUUUCUGAAAGUUUCCACUUAAUAUAUUAUAGUGCUAUCUUGGUGUAAUUUUCAAGUUUCUUCUAAACUACAUUCUAUCAUACUGUGUUGUUUAGCUUCUUAUAGUCAAUUAUAUAUGUAUCAUAAAAAAAAUAAGAAUGUGCAAGACUAUAUUAUUUUCUUUUAUUUUGAA